AUGCCUUUAGUUGGUGCCCCGCAGUCCAACAAGAUGACACGAGAUGAAGAGGACGAACAGAAAUCUGCUCUUGAUGUAGCUAAUCCCGAUGAAAUACUAAAAGUUAGCCCACGAAGACGAAAGAAGGUUGUGACCUUCGCUAGCUUGGGAGAUCUCGCACAGGUACAGGCUUUGGCCACCAACGAAGCAGACCCUCAGACCUUGGAGUUAGAAAAAGGGGAUGGUUCUGAAGAAUCCAUGCCGUCGGCCCCAAUUGAUCCAGGUCAUUUCUUAAACAUGCCUUUAGAGGACUACGAUGUCACUGGAAAGAAUGUAUGUACAGCCAUUGUUAAUUCAUGACUUAACAUGGUGUGAGAAAUCAUACAGAAGAGACAGAAGAGUUUAUUUUAUCUCAUACAGGUUCCGGCUGAUGAUACCUUUCUUGUGUUACGUCAGUAUGGUACAACAUCGAUUGGGCAUCACAUGUUCAGGUUCAACAGAGCGCGAUCUUUGUGGCUCUUUGGACCUUUACACCCUCUUAGAAGGUGGACUAUAAGUGUGGUUACCAAUCAGUAUCCUUUGCAUGCAUAUUCAGCGAGUUAAACGGAGCCUCAGGCUUCCUUUGGGAUACUACCGUGCAUGAGCUAUAACUCCAUUGGAGAAAAAUAAUGAUUUUAAUGAGAUGGUGACGGAUACGUUUUAAAGUACCUCUUCUGUUUGUAUGUCAUUCGAAAAUGCUUGUAUCCAAGAUAUUAUAUAGGAUCUGUGGUUUUUUCUUGAUUACUUCAUGCAAGAUAUUUUGAAGUGAUUAUCAUUCUGGUGAUUUUGGUAAAUUGCGUGUUCCUUGCGCUAAAAGACCCUCCUGAGGAAGCUGAGUAAGUAAUCAUUUUUAUCGCUAGUUAUUAGAGCCAGUUGGGUUCAAAAACAUCUGAAAGGUGAACCCAGUUAGGCUGCAAAUGGGUUUCUAAUUUAUAUUGGCCUUCGUUCCCAUUUAGAAUUUGCGAGUCUGCUCAUAGUCAAGCCUCUCCCCAGAGCUUCGACUGUAUGAAAGGAUUAAGCUAUAUGGGUUACCAAAAGAAGAUAAUCCUCCAACUUUUAAUGUAUCUUCGAUAUUACAUUAGAGCAAAAAAGAAUGGUUGAUGUCCAUUAUUUUGUUUCGGAUAGUCCUAUUUUUCAUCAUAACAUCUCUUCCACCCGUUUCAUUAUCUUUGCGAUAGCUUUGAUUCAACUUGACAGAGUCUUUUGGAAUGUCGAUUUUAGGUACGUGUUCACUGCAAUAUACACUCUCGAAAUGCUAUUGAAGAUCAUAUCACGUGGACUUAUACUUCACACGUACGCCUACCUUAGAGAUCCUUGGAACUGGCUUGAUUUCAUAGUAGUUGUUUUAGGGUGAGUUUAGCUGUUGCACACGUGUCGUUGUAGAAAGGAGAGAGGUGAAUACCCUUCCAAAAAUUAUAUUAUAUCAUUGUAGGUAACUCUUUCAUGACAAUACACGGAUUACUGUGGAUCGUUCACAUAAACGUGCAGCCCCACUGGCUCUUGAUUUCAGAUUUUAAGAAGGUCUGCGUUCGGUGGGAACAAGCAGAAUAAUACACAUCGGUUUAAUUCACGACUAGCAAAGCAAUAGUUAUAACUAGUGCAUCAACACGUGAAAUUUUCUUUGAGAUCAUUGAAUUUCAACAUUAGAGUGUCAUAUUCAUCCGCGCCUCUUCAAAUGUACCAGCUGAGUUUCAAAUGCAUAUCUGAAGAGCAGUCAUUCCCUGGACCCUUCGUUUAUGCAUAUUUUCAUUUCUCCCUACAAUUUCGGCUUCAGAUACAUCACGAUGGCUCCAAAUAUCGCAAACUUCACGGCAAUACGAACAGUCCGUGUCCUGCGGGCUUUAAGGACAAUAUCAGUUGUGUCAGGUGGGUGCAGAAGCCAUUCGCUUUUGUCAAAGUUGCACUAUUCUUUUAGAAUCUGACUGUAUCACCGGAUCGAAGUUGACAGUUUUCUCAACACUCGUUAUUGUAAAACUUAAGCCUGUAAGUAAAAGCACCGUUAUGGGUUGUGGCCAUUAUCCCAUACCUUUUCACUAAAGGUUGAUUCAAGUAGUUCAAUCAUUUAAGAAUUAUAAACUUAAUUACUACAGGUCUCCGAGCGAUGGUGAACACCUUACUCCGUUCGUUGAAGCUUUUAAGUGACGUUCUGGUUCUGUUUCUGUUCUUUCUCGCUGUCAUGGCGCUAAUCGGUCUGCAGCUGUUUGUUGGAGAAUUGAGGAAUAAAUGUGUUCUUGACCCUCCGGAGAACUUUACAGAAGACAUAGGAGGAUAUAUUCAAAAUGAAAGUAAGAAAUGAUAAAGACCCCUGUAAGAUCAACCUGACUUAGCAGCUGAAUCUCUCCCUCAGCGCAAUUAGUAAAACCAAUUCACUUUGUAAUUAUGCAAUUUUGAGGGUCAAAGGGAAAUGGUUACAUGUUACUUGAAAAUGAAGACAUAAUUUUCGCGUACAUUUUAAAACCUUCAUUGAUCAACUCCGUUGUUUAUAUGUUCAUCCGUCCUAGUCACGCCGGGAGUGGUCGAAUAAGGCUGAAUUGAUAGUGAAGACGCUUAAUUAUCGGUUCUUUGCAGGUACCUGGCUAAUGCGAAAUGGUGAACCUGUUGUUUGCGGAAACUCCUCUUGGGCAGGGUAAGCAGGGUGGGGACUGCAAAUGCGACAGUUAUUUUUGCCUUUUAUAUUAGUGGUAAUACUAUGCAAGCUCAGCUGUUUUACCAAACAUAGAACAUCACCAACUCGCCAUCUCUACACCCGCACCGCGAGAUAAUUCUUGCAUUUAUUCGAUACAGAAACAUUACUUUUGAUAAAGUAAAGAUUUCAAUAUUUGGUCCUGUCUUUUGACUUGUUUCAGGCGUUAUCCUUUACCAUUAUCCUUUCUUGGGUGUAUUUAAUUCAUUUUCAAACCAAAACGAUGUGAGAAAAAAGGAAAGAAAAAGUGAAAACAACUUAAUAACCACAACUACAACAAAUAAAUACAAAUAUAUAAGAAGAGAAAACACGGGGCGACUGAUGUGUAUUCUGAAAUGAGAUGAGCGCAUGAAUUAAUUGUUUUCAGUUCUUGUCCUGUCAAUUACACUUGUAUGGCGGACGCUGGGCCCAACCCUGAUUAUGGUUUUACUGGCUUCGAUCACAUUGGCUGGGCAUUAUUAAUGGCGUUCCAGAUCCUCACAAUGGAUUACUGGGAAAAUCUUUACAACAAGGUAAUCCUGAAUUUGGAAUUGAUAAUACCAAUAUCAGGAAAGAGAAGUAAAUUUGUGAUUUAACUGAUUUAUAAUUAUAACCUUUUGGUAAACGAAAGUCAUCAUUAAUUUCUGUCUUUUUAUCGCGUGUGCUCUGAAGAAUGCUCUCCUAGGAACAUUUUGACAUGAAAACUCUGUUUAGAAGCGCAUAAUACAAUUGUAUGCAUUACAGUUACUUUGCGUUUACGUAAUUCAUAUUUCUGUCCGUUAACGACAGGUUGUAAGAGCCGUGGGUAUCUGGUAUGUCUUCUACUUUGUGAUCACAAUUUUCUUCUGCUCGUUCUAUCUCCUCAAUCUUGUCUUAGCUGUAGUUUAUCUCUCUUACGAGAAAGAGCUGCAAUCUCUUCAACACGAGGUAAGAACAACUGCAGGCAAAAAUGAAAAAAAUGGUCACAAAUAGGCAGGGGAUGGAAGCUGAUGACAAAAAAAAGAUAUAUCCUAAAUGAAAAUGUAUGAUCAUUAUCGGUUUAUGUUCAUUUCAUCACAGGAAACGUUUCAGCUUAAAAACUAUAAUUUCAUCGUACAUUCUUUAGAAGUCAUUGGUCUUGGAGGCAAACUCACAGACUGCCAUUCAUAACCCUCAUAGAAGUACUUGUUACUCUGAGGUAAAAGUCCCUGCACAUUCUUACGACCGAACCCCUGCAGCAUUUAUUGUUGUAAUAAAAGUGUCGUAUGGCGAAGACAGGAAAUGAAGAAUUCUCUGCUUUUCCAAUGACUUGAUAAUUUCCAUGGAGCUCCCUUAAGAAGCUAUCUUUAAAACGACUUGAAACGAUAAUCUAGGUAGGACCUUCCAUUUCUUUUGAUAGGAAAGGCGCAAGGAGCUUCUAAAGAAGACUGCCUCGUCCUACAUUGCAGAUCCUGAUUCAGUUAAGUUUCUUAAGCCACUGAAGAAAUUGGGAAAGACCACGAAAGCUAUAGCAGAAUUAACUCAGGCCGCUUGUAUCGUGACAGAAGUUCCAGAGGUUCAUCGAGGAGAUGCGAGAAAAAGGCUAAGCUUAGCGAAAACACUGAUGAAAUUCUUCCAACAUGUGAAGACAAACUGUGAUAAUUUGUUUAGCAAGUUUCCCUUUUUCAAGCCCAUGAGAAAGAGAAUGCGUGCUGCCGCUGAGUGUGCCACUUUUGACGUUGUCAUUAUAGGAAUAAUCUUGUUGAAUACCAUUGUACUUGCUCUUUAUCAUUACGGAAUUGAAAAGUCAUUCGAAAAUGUCUUGGACCUGUGCAACAUGGUAGGAAAACCUUUGUAAUUGCUGUUUAGAUUAAUAUUUCAUGUUUGCCUCUGCCAAAGAAAGCAUGUGAAAUUUCCAGCCUGUAGCCUAUGUCCAGUUUGAUAUAUACCUAACAUAGAUCACCUUUUUUCUCUAAAUUAGCACACAAAUGAAAAAAACUCAAGUAUGUGGAGAUAUUUGAAACGUGCAAUGAUCGAUUUAGGGGGUGCAUAUGUUGUGCAUUCGAUAUCGUUUUUGUCAAUUGAGGAUGUCAAACAGGGUCUCUGAGCGCUUUAUUUUCAUGGACUCUUAUUAAUGAGCAACAGCUCCGAUAUUACCAUGUUUCUACCGGGAUUUUAGGACGUGAGACAAAAAAUCUGGCUUGCUUGAAUAGACUUCAAGGAACUGCUUCUCAGAUUCUCUCAUCUCUUUUUUGUCACCUUAAACUUUUUUUACAGGUCUUCACGAUAAUAUUUGUAGUGGAGAUGAUAUGGAAGCUUAUCGCCUUUGGCCCGCUGACCUACGUGAAGAGCCGGUGGAACAUAUUUGACGCCGUCAUAGUGAUUGCUAGUGUUGCUGGGUAUCUUACGGAGUCUGGUGGAAGCUUUAGUAUCUUUCGAAGCCUAAGACUGGUACGUUGCCACUGAGAAAAAAAAACAAAUUGAAGUUUCCUCUAAAAGUUUACAGACAUACCUUGUAAAUAACAAACCAGACUGACGCAACAUUUUAGCAAUAUUUAUAAUUACGGUAAAUGGUUGAACCCGGAGGUAACAUAUAAUAGCGUGGUUUGAUCCAAAUAGAACGACCUAACUUCACCGACGGAUCGAGACCGACCAAUCACGACCGAUCCACGCCACUUGAGUCUUACAGCCAAUAAUAUCACGGCAAAACUUACCAAAAAAGGUUUAUACGAACCGGACUUAGAAAAUUCGACUGGCAACAACUAUUCACUUGACUCUGAUGAUGAUUUCCACUUAGGUUGUCUAAACAUCAGUCACCACCACCGACGGCAGUCCUUCUCAGGACUAUACUCACCCGGGCGAUCAAAAUACACUAUUCAAAUAGACAAUACUAAUAUUUUUUUUAAUAAACAGAUUACAGGUAAAGGUCUUCAAAUCAUCAAAAAGUUAUGAGUAGAGAAAAUUAGCUAUUAAGGUUUGUCUCGGCUUUAAAUUAAAGCUGCCUAAUGAUUCCUGCGUUCGAGAAUUUGGAACUAUCAGAUUUUUUUUAUAACCGUACAGAGCCUUCUCGUUUAAAUUUUUACGUCGAUUUUAACCAAACGUAGCGAUAUCAAUCAUCUUUCAUUCAAUAUUUCUAGUUCCGAGUUCUAAAUCUUGCACAGUCAUGGAAGACAAUGAACAAACUUGUCUCUGCCAUAACCAAGAGCGUGGGACCUGUUGGGAACAUAACUCUCAUUCUUGGUGUCAUCAUCUACAUAUUUGCUGUAGUAGGAAUGAGAGUAUUUGGUGACGCAUACACGGAAGACAAGUUUGGCAAUUAUGGAAUACCGCGCUGGAACUUCAAUGAUUUUUGGCACGCCUUCAUGAUGGUGUUCAGAGUGCUGUGUGGGGAGUGGAUUGAGCCUCUUUGGGACUGCAUGAGAGCCACUAGUCCAUUGGCCCUUCUGGUCUUCUUGCCGGCAUUUGUCAUCGGUAACUUCAUUGUGAGUAUUUAUGGCCUACAAUUACAUUAUUUUUAUAUUAACUGCCGAUAAAAUAUUUGUCCAAGGUUUGCAUAACAACACCUUUAAGAAUCGAGCGAGUGGUGCGAGCUUGAUUUGAAAUCAAAGGUAUGAUUUCAGACCAAAGUUGCACAACUCGAAGUUCAAUUAUCACUUUAUUACCUCUAUUUUGUACAAGUAUUUUAUUAAUCCAUUAUAUUGAGCUGGUUUAAAAAAGUCGCAAAAGUUGUCUCUCAUUUUCCUGCAAUUGACUGAUUUCUUUUAACAAGCUUUGAAAUUGGCUGUUGUGGCUGGCUGUUGCGUUUUAGUAAAGCUGUCUUACUAGCUGGGAAAAAUUAUUUAAAGCUGAAAACGGUGUGAUUUUGAAUAAAUGUCAAAGGUGAGAGCCAAUUAGAAUGAAAGGAUCACAAGUCAUCACAAAAUAGUUGUAAUAAAUAGGGAAACGUUGUAAUAAAGAGCAAAACGCAAACAGUGAGGCCAGAGAUUAUUGGGGUCCUUUGCUCAAGCUUUCUUCUGUAUUUACUGCUGCUAACGGGUGGAUUGCCACAUUUUCAUCUUUCUUUUAGAUAAAUGGGGCUUAAUUUACUAUUGAUUCCCGUGGCUGGAACACAAAAGAUUGGAUCUAGUUAGGUCUCCGUACUUUUUUAUUUCCUGUGGUGACCAAACCAUGUCCUGUCACGUUCCUUUUAGGUUCUCAAUCUUUUCAUUGCUCUUUUAUUGAGUGCAUUUGACUCUGAAGAAGAGGAGAGCACCUCUGAUGAUGACGAGGAACAAAACUCCAGGCUGAGACGCAUCUUGAAGAGACUGACCAAGACUAAAAAGACGCGGUUGUUUGUGGCCACUUUUAAAGAGAGAUACAAACUGUACGAGGUGCAGCUAUUGGAAAGCAACGUGACAACGCGGAGAAGCCAGACAAGUAAAUACGAGGAAGGAAUUACAGGCAAGUAACUUAGAAGUUCUAGUAUAUAGAACUUUUUUCAAGAUUACGACGCUUGGUUCAUGGUCUGUUGGAAGGCUUUGGUCUGUGUAUUGAAAUAGCUCGACAUUAUUAUUUCGCAGGAUGUUACAGUUUAAGAAAAAUGAGGAUUCCAAGUUAUUACGUGUGACACUUAGAAUAUUAAUAAUUUCAGGUGGGGCGCAAGUAAUUACCUGUGAGGAUCAAUCGUCAAAAAGGAUACCUAAGAAGUACAUUGUGGAAGUGGAUGACUGUCUGCCUGAAUGUUGUAUGUUCUCUAUGUCGUCGCGCUUGCAUUUUAGGUGGCUGAAGUUCCGGUGUAGUAUCAGGUGUCUGGUGGAGCACAAGUACUUUGAAUGGUUCAUUCUUUUUACCGUCAUGUUUAGUAGUUUUGUGCUGGUAAGAAAAAACACAAGCGUAAUCUGAGCAUUAAAUAUUAAUUUGAUAGAGCGAGUCAUAUUUAUUUGCAGACUAAGAUUUUAGUAAAAUUUCUUAUCUUGAGAGGAAUUCCCGUGUUAAAUCAAAAUGCUGCGACUGAUUUUCGCAGUAAAUUUGUCAUCUGUCAGGAAUCUUGAGAGAGAGCAAAGACUAAGAGAGCCUUAAUUUUCAGCACCUACGAUCUAAAAAGCAGAAUUCAAUCCUCAUCAAUAGAUCACAUGCAUACUCAAUAAUUUUAUGUAACUUAACUAGAUACUAGUUAUUGUAUGACCUAUAACUCCUACAAAAUAACAACAGGAAAACGGGAAAAGACAUUAGAAGUUGUCUUGAAAGAUCAACUACUUUGUCUUUCGUUAGAUUUUUGAGGACAUACACCUUCCGGAAAGGCCACUCCUAGCAAAGGCGUUAGAUAUUCUGAACUACUUCUUCGCGGCUGUCUUUUCUAUGGAGUUCCUUCUUAAGAUUUUUGGUCUCGGUGUCGUCAAGUAUUUCUCUUCAGUAUGGAAUUGUUUAGAUGCAUUUAUCGUCGCAGUAAGUUAAACUAUUGACAUGAAAGAACGCGUUUAUUAUAACUUAAAAAUCAUAAACUUAGGUGAGUGGUAAGGAUCACACACACGAGAAGCCAAUGAGAACUCAAGAGCUGACCAAGUCGACAUUGAUUGUAAGAGACACAUUUCAAACAGUGAGGAGUAAAAGGGCUUAUUUGGAUGAUAUAGAGGACAACCAUAAAGCACCUUUUAUCUUUAAAGUCGUUUCGCUCAAAUCAAAGUGUUCCUUAACGCAACUAUGCCAUUAUUCCAGUCGUUGUGGUUCUCCUGACCUCCUAACAAGCUAUAAUAACGUUGACUUUUCUGCAGAUCUCGCUUGCUUGUCUGUCUGAGAACAAACAGUUAUCAGUCUUCCGAUCCCUUCGCACGCUACGAGCAUUACGACCUCUCAGGGCCAUAUCUCGCAUGGAAGGGAUGAAGGUACGUAAACUGAGUACUCUGAAUUUUCAAAAGUAAGUUUGCAAACUCUAGGAUAGAAGGCCUGGACGCCAUUAAGAGGAGAAAAUGACGCCUGAAAUAAUAGGUUUGUGGAACUGCAUCGUAAUCAAUCGUGAACUUAUUUCGAAAAGCAACUUAUGAAAUAAAGAUGUUAGCCUAAAAUCUCCAACCGUGAACAUGAAUGAGAAAUUGCGGUAUGUUUUGACGUUCAAGUAGCCUGGUUUAUUACAGAAAACUUCUUCGAUCAUGCUUUUGAUGUCUUAACUCAUCACGGAAAGGUUCAUUUAGACAGCCAUUUCCAAUGUUUUCCUUUCACUUUUGCUUGCAUUCGGCAAUUUACCCAUUCACGAUUCCUUUUAAUGCACUCAGGUUGUCAUCAACGCAUUAUUUGCGGCCAUUCCAGGUAUCGGCAACGUUCUGGUGGUAUCGCUCCUUUUCUGGUUAAUAUUCAGUAUCCUUGGUGUCCAACUGUUCUCCGGAAAGUUCCAAGAAUGCGUCGAUCAAGUUGGUGAAAGAGUUUCAGCUGACGUUGUUCCAAACAAAACAGAAUGUCUCCGCUUUCCGGAGAAAUAUACUUGGAGGAAUGCCGAGGCCAAUUUUGAUAACGUUUUCAAUGGUUUCCUUGCACUUUUUCUUGUGGUAUGUCGCCAAACUCAAUUGGGUGUAAUGGAAAUUUUAGAAAACAUCCCUUUUUGGAUUUUCUAGUGGUUAAAAACGUAUAUCAGUUGGUUAGUCGAAUUGUGCUUCUAUUGUACAAGAGCAGGAAACACAACGCAAAUUCAGAAAAACUCAAUUGUAAGAUGAUAUUAAUUAUGCAGAUUGAAGCUAUAAAUUAUUAUUUUUCACAUUUACGAGAUCUUCUUUAUCUAAAACAGAAGAGGGGUGUUAAGCAAAUCUCCAAACAUACAUCACUGACAAUUUUUCUCGUCUUGUGCUGUGAUUUAGGCAACGUUUGAAGGCUGGAUUGAGGUCAUGCACAGCGCAGUCGACUCUACUGAGGUAAUACAUCAUGUUUGAUUGACAACCUACUUUUUUUUAAAAAUUAUGAAAAAUUUUAAAUUGAAUUUGAAGCGCUUGUGAUAAUUGUUAUGUAUCAACUGUCAUUGUGUGACUCAAUAGAUAGACUCAGUUUUGAUGUUUUUGUUUCGACAUUUGAUCUCUUGCUCUUACUUCAACAACCAAAAAGAUAACCUUAGUGAAGCAAUUAUCUUCUAAUUUUCUGUAUCAUAACCAUUGCAAUUUCCUCAAAUGCGACUGGUGCACUAACUGCUUUACUUUUCACUAAUUAUUUUGCAUGUUUGUAAUCGGACAGUGUAAUCGGACAGUUGGCUGUAAUCGGACUCCUGUAAUCGGAAAGUUGAAGCAGCCAAUCGCACUAAUUCCACUCAGUUAAAUCCACCAGUCAUAGAAUUGAUCACAAUAACCAUAGCAACAACCACCUAUCCAAAGAAAAACUGGAGAAUUUCCAAAAUAGAGGAAUUUUUAACUUUAGAUAUUGUCUCCACUGGAGAUAUUUGUUUUAAAUUUUUUUUUUCGGAGAUAGUAAUGGUUAUGGUAAAUUGGUAACAGGUCUUCAUGUCGUCUAAUUCGGUCUGUAAUCAUAAUCGUGAUUAACAUAUCAGACUCCGCUUCGCGCUCGUCUGAUUUUGUUAAUCACUCGUGUGAUUACAGACCGAAUUGGACUACAGUCCUUUUUAUUACCAUUAUUUAUCUACAAAUUAACAUACUAAAUUUUUACGCUUCAUUCUCAGAAUCUAGAUAUCAGUUCCUUGCACUGCCCUCCACACAUUUAUCAUAAUUUUGCUCUUGACAAUUGCUGUUCAAUUAAACAAUAUCUCUGAGAAUAUUUCUUCAUUCUUACAACCCAUGUACUUGAAGACUGUUUUUAUUGUAAGAUGAAUUUCCUUUUUGGUCUUUCCUUUGAGUAAAAGUGAAAAAGGAGGUUGUUGCUUGGUUCGAUCAAAGUUUUCGUCAACGAAAAUUAGUGGAACUCUGACUAAAAGUACUUAAAAAAAAUCAGUAAUAUAUACCACCCAGGUUAUUAGUGCUUUAUGCGCACACUAAUUCGCGAGUUCGCAAGUGAUCAGCAAAACCAAGUGACCCUCAAACAGCCGAAGAGACAAAAUCGUGCGUCAAGAGUUUCAUUUCAGACUAUUUCUCAUUAUAGACAGAAAUAAACUAAUUUUUGGUUUCAGUGCGGUGUAUUUUGAAACAAUUAUUCCCCUAUUUGUCAUUGAAUGGUGGUGGCUAUUUACCUCUAUUUGGGUAGAUGAUUGUUAACAAUAUAUAGGUACGGAAAAGUGAAAAAGAAACAAGAGGGAUGCAGAAAAUUAAUAUAGUUUGCAAUUGAGAAAACAGAAUGAGAAUAGGUAGCCUCGAACCAUAAUAUAUCUCAUUUUCGUUUACAUUGCUUCUUCACAGGUUGAUAAGCAGCCCCAGAUGAAUAGCAAUAUGAUUGCGUAUAUAUAUUUCGUUGCGUUUAUUAUCCUUGGGUCAUUUUUUGUGCUCAAUUUGUUCGUUGGCGUUGUUAUUGACAACUUUAAUUCCUUGAAGAAGAAGGUAUGUGUGCACGAAUGUUGCUGUUAAUGUUCCAAUUAAGGGAAAACAAAAAACUCCUGGGGCGUUAAAAGACCUGGCCUCAGUCGUUCGAAGGGUGGAUAACGCUAUCCACUGGAUAAAUCUCUAUCCGUUGAAUAGUGCAGUACGUUUUAUUAACAAAAAUCCGCUGGAUAGCGAUUUAUCCCUUGGAUAGAGUUAUCGAGCAACUAGGCCCUGAUCGAUAUGGCUUGGUUUCGCUGGAAGCCUUGAUCUCGGGAGAUCCAAAUGGGAACCUGUUUUGUGUUGGACAUCACGGCGUUUCCGAAAUCGAAUCCCUGAUUUUAAGUACUUUAGGCUCACUUCACGUUUUAAACGAGGAUAAAAUUUCUUGGAAGCGCAGGGUUCCUGACAUUAUUCAAAGGCACCUAUUUAAGAGCGCUUCUCUGUGAAAAUCAAACACAUCGCGGCAAGGGUGGAAAAUUCGAUUUCUUUCUUAUUUUAAUGUUAGAUAGGCUAGGCUACAGCUAAAAUCACUGGAUACUUUUUUUGGCAAAAUAUCCUUUUAUUUCAGAGAAAAAUACGAAUAAAGAAAUUCCGUUAAAAUCGUCAUUUUUAGCAGCAAAUUAUUGCACGAGUUUGAGGGCUUCGCGUGCAAAAACGAAUCACUAUCUCGUCUUUUAAACACUAUAAUCUUCUUUUUCGCUCUCAUAAGACCUCACAAAAUGAUUUUUGUAAACAUUGCGCUCUUCUUUGCGCUUAAAAUAAUUUAAUUUCGAAAGCAUGCAUUUCUCUUCAGUAAAAAUACUUCGCGAAUAAAAUUAAUUUUCACCAUGUGCUAAACCUUCAAAUGGAUUAAGCUUUUGGUGGUUGAAUUUCGAAAAGAUGUUCUCAACAUAACUGUAAAAAUUUGUUUGGGCAAAUGUUUGAGAGCGAUACAAAAGCUUUUCAAAGUCCGUUAAAAUGCAGUUAUUUGACCUUUUGCGGUCAACAUUCCAGUCGCGAGUCACACAUAUUUUAAUAUGUUUCAACCCAUAUGAGGCCGAAAAAUGUACAUAGAAAGAUAUUUCCAAAUGCUCUAACCUCAUUUGUCGCAGAAGACCAAUCCAGAGACCCUUUUAGUGUGAUUCUCUUGUCGUUCGUCGUAUUUAGGUCUGUAUAAAUGAUAACGUCCGAUGAAACCACCAACCUUGUCGAACACCAUCUUGUUGUCAAACGUUCGAUACCUUUCUUCACUGUGGCGUCUUAUUCAACGGUUCAGUUGACUGCGAGUAUUGCUCAGUUUACAAUGCACUAAAAGAUUACAUCUGACAGUAUAAUUCAAUGCUAAACUGAGUUGACUACAAACAUGUACGCCCUUCGAGUAUUUGGCUUGUCACGCAAUACCGGUGACAAAGGAACUUUAGGUGGUAGGUGAAAGGCAAAACUCCAGAAUUGAACUCUUGGAACCUACAAAAUAUUUUAUUUUGUAAAAAUUUUUAUAAUAGUGUCGUCGUUGUCUGGUGACAAAUAAUAAAAUACUCUUAUUUAUUGCAGGGAAUUAUUCUUGUUUUUUUGGCGCUCUGUGCCUGUCGUACUUAUUAGGGGUGUUUUUCUUUCCAAUAAAAUUGCAAGAAAUACCCUAAUAGCAUGAAAGAGAACCUUUUGUACAUUUUUACAACACCAUGCUACAAAACGCAGUGGUGGGAAUGUGUGGCUUAUGUGAGGCUGGGAUGCUAUGUUCCGUGGCCAAUGGGUGGGGCUUGCAUAAGGGAGUGGUACUAGUAACCACUGUUAACAGACCCAACUACCGUUUAAAACUUUAAACUACAGAGGGGCCGACAUAUGUGCGCUCGGCAUAAAAUAAGGUCGAUCUCAUCUUCAGGACCGGUAAAUUUAAAAGCCGACUCGUGACUUGCGAUAUUCUUGGUGCAUGAAAGUAAAGGAACAAUUUCCGUUUUACGCAUUCGAUCUCUAGUGUUGUAACCACAAACUCCACCAAUAAGCGACUUGAACGAACAACAACCUUCCUUUUUUUAUGUAACAAAGUUGACCGUGUAAGUUUGUGUAUUUGUGAAAAACAGUCCGAAACUCCGCCUCUAAGCGAACAAUUGGCUUCGUGUAAUUACCAAAAACUAGGUUUUGUUUACUCAGGCUUACUAUUUUUAGCAGGUGCCAAAUUUAGCUUUUCAACGAGUAUUAGCCAAAGGCCCGAUCUCCGCGACUUACAUGUAAGAGAUUUCAAUGUUCACUACAACAAAAAAGCUUAGCAGCAGUGACGUCUUUUUACUUUCCCCUUCCCCUACCCCCUAAAAAACAACUUUCCAUUGUAUGAUUUGCAUUGCGUGACGACUCUCCGUAUACAAAACUACGUUGACUGCAACAUAUGUGAAGUGCUACUAAGCAUCGAUCAGAUCUACAGCACCACAAACCGAACAACACUCACAGUCAACUGAACCGCUGGAUAAGAUGCCACAGUGCAGAAAGAUGUCAAACGUUUUAUAACGAAGGUUGGUGACAGUUCGCAGAUUGACAGGCAGUUUCAUCGGACGUUAUAAAUACGACGAGCGACAAGAUAACCACAGUAAAAUGGUCUUUGGAUCUUUCUUCUAAGGCAAAUGAGGUUAGAGCAUUUGGAAAUGUGUACCCAUGUACAUUUUCCGGCGUCAUAUGGGUUGAAUUAUAUUAAAGAAUGUGUGUGACUCGCGACUGGAAUGUUGACCGCGAAAGGUCAAAUAACUGCAUUUUAACGGACUUUGAAAAGCUUUCGUAUCGCUCUCAAUCAUUUGCCCAAACAAAUUUUUACAGUAAUGUUGAGAACAUCUUUUCGUUAUUCUGCCGCCCAAAGCUUAAUCCAUUUGAAGGUUUAGCACAUGCUUAAAAUUAACUUUGCUCACAAAGUACUUUAACUGAAGAGAAAUGUAUGCUUUCAAAAUUAAAUUAUUUUACACGCAAAGAGGAACGCAGUGUAUACAAAAAUCGUUUUGUGAGGUCCUAUGAGGUUGAAAAAGAAGAUUUGAGUGUUAAAAAGACGAGAUUGUGAUUUGGUUUUGAAUGCAAAGCCCUCAAACUUGUGCAAUAAUUUGCUUCUAAAAAUGACGAUUUUAACGGAAUUUUGUUAUUUGUAUUUUCUCUGAAAUGAAAAGAUAUUUUGCCAAAAAAAGUAUCCAAUGAUUUUAGUUAUAGUCUGGCCUAUCUAAUAUUAAAAUAAGAAAGAAAUCGAAUUUUUCACCCUUGCCGCGAAAUUUAGAAAUUGUCUGAUUUUUACAGACAAGCGCUCUUAAUUAUCUAACCUAAACAAUAUGAAUAAGAAAGCUUCCUUUCGUAAACUCGAACCUCUUACCACAAAAAAAAAAUUAUGUACUUAUUGACUAUGUAGGAGGGUCAGUCCUUUAAGAUUUUGCAACAAAGCAUUGCGAGUGCAGUACCUGACGGCCUUUUUCCGGACCGGCUCACGUUAACCCGUCCGGCCCUAUACAUGCAGCCCUAGUUAUGGUUUUGUAUGAGAUUGCGUGGGCGGGGUCGUACGGGUCAUGUGAUAAUAUAACUGACUUUACAUUACCUCACAUCUGAAUAAAGCGUGAAUUUAAAUAGUUUUUAUCGUAAGGUGAAUUUGAAGAGUCGAAAGACUCUAGAACAUGAUGUACCUGAAGGGAAAAACUCAAAGUGGUUGAGUGAACUUGCAAAGCUGCUAAAGUUCUGCCGGGGCACCCACCCCGAACUCGUCAACCAAAGCACUGAGGAGUUUAGAUCUCAAGUCACUCUCCGCAAAGAAGGUUUUUUCAUCGCUACAUUGAAAUCCACAAAAGCCUGAUUGGGGAAACUGAUUUUAACUAUAAUUUUAUCAAAAUCAAACUGUCCAUUCAUAUAACACACGACGUUCCAAUGAUCUUUGUUUACCCCUUCCUCGAAGUAACUGGGGUAAACAAACAUUUAUCUAUCAAGCUGCGAAAGACUGGAACAGUCUUUCAACUGCUCUUGUCUAUUUUUAAAUCCAAGCUGAAAACUUUUUUAAAAGAUUUUGAUUAAUUUUUAAUUUAUUUAUAAACACAUUUUAUUUUAUUUCAUUUAGUUAUUUUUAUUGUUAUUAUUAUCAUUACUAUUAUUAUUUUAUCAAUUAAAGUAAUUAAUUGAGUUAAUUAGUUAACGAGUGCCCCAAUGAAAACUGCCAUGGCGAGUUGGGCUCCCUCGUUAAAUAUUAUUAUUAUUAUUAUUAUUAUUAUUAUUAUGGAGCGAACUUAUUAACCUUUGAAAUUUACAGUAUGAAGAAAUUAGCAGCAUGGGAAUGUUCCUGACAGAGACUCAAAGAAAAUGGGUCAACUUCCUAAAAGAAGCAGCUAAGAAAAAGCCCCCAGCGAAAGGAUUAAGACCAAAGGUAAAUAUGAAAGUGUUAAAUAUCAACUUGGUCUUAGUCUUUAUGCAAACUUAAGUCACUAGACACUUUGUGAUUGUGAUCAAUCCCUCAACAGGAUCGAUUUCGUGCCUUCCUUUACGACGUAGUCACAGGAGACAAGUUCGAGAUCGCGAUUCUGACGGUGAUAAUAUGCAAUAUGGUGAUGAUGAUGAUACAACAUCAUGGACAGUCCGUGGAAUUCUCUAGCGUCUUAAAUAUCCUUUGUAUUUACAACCUCGUAUAAUGAAAGGCUAAUUUUAAAAUAUUCAUUUAGAGAGGAUUCUAAAUGGAUGACAGGGAAACAAACCCACAGCAGACUGAGGGGUUAGCUAAGUGACGUUGAUCAAAUUUACCGGGUCUAUGAAAAAAAAUCAAAGAAGUAAACGAAGAAACAAAUAAGUAGGGAAACAAAUAAAGAAAAAGAAAGAUAAAUGAACAAAAAUAAAAUCAAAAUUAAAGGACAAUAUGAAUAUAGUAAAGUUUUACAGAGUUUUUUUUAUAUCCGAAACAAUUGACUUAGGAUGUAUCGAUCAACAAAAUUACUUUGUGUAUAGUUUCUUUGACUACAGCCUCUGGCUAGCACGGAUAUCAAAUUUGGUGUUCACUGGUAUAUUCACUGCCGAGGCCAUGGUGAAACUAAUUGCUUUGCGACAGCACUACUUCAGGAAGGCGUGGAAUGUUUUUGAUUUCGUCAUCGUCAUAUCAUCUCUAAUCGGUAAGGAUUCCUGUGCUUCCCGACGAACAAGGAGGACUUAUUAGAGAGGAGCGAGGGGUGGUGGGAGCAAGGAAGCUUGUUUUAAGCUUAUUGACGGCUAAAAUGCUUAUUAUUUCCUUCCAAUGACUGUUGGUCGGCUUUUUGGCCCACUCUUGACUGGGGAGGGGAACAAGAUGUCCCUCUUCCUUGUCAAGACUGAGGAAGGCUUUUUCAGGAGGUUUUCAUACCUGUCCUUGUUUUACUCAAAGUUUUUCUUCUCCAAUAAUAAAAAUGGCAGUGCUUAUCUCAGACACAAAGCCUGAUUGUUUGAAUACCUAGCAAGGGUAUGAAGUCCUUUCACUUCUCAGUGAAGAGACUUCAAGUGAGAGUUAAAAAAGUUAAGCCCUUUGAAAAGAAUUUAUCGUCAAGACAACUAUAAUUACUUUGUACAUAUCAUCCAAUAACGAUAAAGCAUAUCUCGUGUCACAGGAGUGGUUUUAGAUGAAGUCAGCGUCAGAGACACAGUGGUUAAUCCAAGUCUCUUGCGUGUGAUGCGAAUCUUCAGAAUCGCUCGGCUGCUGCGGGUCCUAGAAUUUGCUAAAGGAAUUCGCCAGCUUCUGGUAGCUCUAAUGAUCUCGUUACCUGCAUUAUUCAACAUUGGAACUUUAUUGUUUCUCGUCAUUUUUAUUUACGCCAUCAUUGGAAUGUCCGCAUUUGGUCGUGUAAAGAAGGAAGGAACCUUGGACGAUAUUGUCAAUUUUGAAACGUUUGGUAGUUCUUUGAUGCUCUUGUUCCGACUGUCCACGGGAUCAGGCUGGAAUGACGUCAUGAAUUCACUAUCAAUUCAGCCACCAGACUGCGACCCUUACUAUGAAGGAUAUCCCAAUGGCGACUGCGGCAAGCCUUUAGGAGCCCCAGCAUAUCUCAUCAGCUAUAUUGUCGUCGUAUUCAUGAUAAUUGUUAACAUGUACAUUGCUGUUAUUCUCGAGAACGUCAACCGUGCACAUGAGAACGACGAUUUUGCUAUCACUAAAGAGGACUUUGAGAGGUACUAUCUUAAGUGGGCUGCAUUUGUGCCAAAUGGAAAACAAUUCAUCCCUUUAAGCCAGCUGUCGGACUUCGUUAAUGAGUUGGACAAACCUUUCAGACAUCCUAAACCAAAUGAAUCUCGUUUGCGUGAGUUCAAUAUUCCCAUACGUGCUGGAGAGUUGAUCCACUGUUUUGAUCUUUUGAAAGCGCUGGUGCGGUGCACCUUAGAAGAACAUGGCGAGUCUCCCGAAGUAUUCCAGGAAAUAACUGUCAGAAUGGAGGCCCAGUUUACAAAGUCACUCGGCAGGAAGCACUCCAUUGCUAUUCUUGGUUCUACGCAAACAAAAUUUCAAUGUGAAGACAAAACUGAUAUGGUGUAGGAGAGAAGCAUUUGAACUUAGACCAUAAAAGAGUGGAAUAGCAGCUGUUUUCGCUACCGAUGCUGAAAAAGAGAACCCUGAGUUUUAUAUUUGAAGUGUGUGAGCCUUUUUCAUGGGGUGCCACGCUUUAAACACCUUUCGGUCUCGGACAUUGUAAGCUCUUACAAUAUAGAAAAGUCGCUGCUUAUUUCAAGAGGCCUCACGGCGAAUAUCAUUAUUACCGUACCAAGUGAUUCCCAGAGGUAAAACUGUUCACACGUGGUUUCAGGCAGUUUUAAGUGCCCGUGACUUGAUUUAUUGAAGCACCUAACGUCAUAAAAUGAUGAUGAAAAGGACUUGUGCAAUUAAAAUAUCAGAAUGUUUCAAGAAGUAUUAUAAGAAUAUUUCACGAAACAGAUUAACAUAGCUCCCCUUUUACAGUGGUCACGUUUGCAAAAAUGAGUACUAAGACCAAAUAUUUAUUACAUAUUGUAAUGUUGUAAGGAGUGUUUGAUUCUUUGGGUUUUUAAAAUAUGUAAAUUCAUUCUCUCCAUGCAGUUUAAAGAUUUUAUUUCUCAACUGUAUAUUACUACCAAUUGAACUUGUCGAGAUUUAUUUCCUUUAGACCUGGGUCCAGUUGUUCAAAGAGCGAAUAACGUUACCCAACGGAUACAUUGCUAUCCAGUGGAUGAGUCCACGCUUAUUUCAAGCAGACAAUUUUUUUGCUUCAGUUAGCUCUGACGUUGUAUGAAAAGUGUUAUCGCAACAAAAAGAAAAACUGUUCCCGUUUAGCCGAUUCGGAGUUCCCUCACUAAAUACUAUUUCAUAGUUAUGUGUUAACAGUGUUGGCUCCCGUAGGCUGAUCUAGUCUUGAGUUAACUAAUAAACUUGUAAUUGAAAG